GUCAGGGACUCGCUCUCGCUGUCGUCGAACUUGUUUGGUGUAAUAUUAUUCAUCGGUCUACCUACUUAUUUCACCAGCAGCAUGCUGUGCACAUAAAUAUCCACGUUAUUUCCACGGCAGCUACGAGCUCGAGCUGUAAAAUGUACAUGAACAUAAACAUCCUUCAC